AACAAAGAUGGCGGCUUUCCAAGUGGGUUUGCUGCGAACAUGUCGAUAUUUGAACAGAAUAUUUCUCACAAAUACAAGAAAUACGAAACUAAAUCCAAACUAUGUUAGAAGGCUUUUAUCUUUAGACAGCUGUAGGAAUAAUCACGGGACGUUUACAUGGCAGAGAGCCACAUACGUAACUCCAUUACCAAGAACUGCAAACAGAAUUCAAGCUCGUAACAUGUUCAUUCAAGUGCAGGAGACACCAAACCCCAACAGUCUAAAGUUCGUUCCUGGUGUUCAGGUCCUUGAAUCAGGGACUAUUAAUUUUGACAGCAGUAGUGCAUCACAUGGCUCUCCAUUAGCAAGGAGUCUGUUUAGGAUAUCUGGGGUGAAGUCUGUUAUGUUUGGUCCUGAGUUCAUAACUGUCACAAAGGCAGAUGAUGACAUAGAAUGGUCAUUAAUAAAGCCAGACAUAUUUGCUACCAUCAUGGAUUUCUUUGCCAGUAAUUUACCUAUUCUUACUGAUGAACAGCCUCCCACUAAUACUGCUAUAGAUGCAGAUGAUGAUGAGGUUGUUGCAAUGAUAAAAGAGCUGCUUGACACAAGAAUAAGGCCAACUGUUCAGGAGGAUGGUGGGGAUAUUAUAUUCAUGGGUUUUGAUAAUGGUGUAGUGAAACUCAAGAUGCAGGGUGCCUGUUCUUCUUGCCCAAGUUCCCUGGUAACUCUGAAAAAUGGUGUUGAAAACAUGUUGCAGUUCUAUGUACCUGAUGUUGUUUCAGUAGAGCAGGUGGAAGAUGAGACUGCAAAAGUCAGUGAAACUGAAUUUGAAAAGUUUGAAAAAAAGCUGGAAGACAUGAAGGACAAAUAAAUGCCUUACGCUGAUUAGUACUUGUACAAAGGACCACUAUAAGGACAGAUGGAAUAUCAAAUCCAUCUUUUAUAUUCUGAAAGUUAUUCAGUUACUAUUAAUAAUAAUUCAAGAUAUUCUUCUCUGACCAAAGUAUCAAAGUCCUUGUCCCAUCCAAAUGUCCCCUUCCUCACCCCCCCCCCCCCCCUCCCCCCUCCUCCUCCUCUAAAACACACACAUCACCACCACACCAGUGGUUUAGCUUUGAUACAGGGGCGGACCCAGGAUUUUGUUCAGGGAGGGGUGCACCCCUUAGAAUCGAAGAGAAAAAACAGUAUUGGUUAUCUUCAAAUUAGGGCACAAAGUGGAACAAGGGAGGGGUGCGCACCCCCUGCACCCCUCUCCUGGAUCCGCCCCUGUGAUAGGUGUAUAUGUGAUGGCAUAACUGGACCUUGGUACCCUGGGUACCAGAGAAAAAAAAAAGAAGAUUGACUGAGAAGUACUGGAACGAGAGCCUCUGAAGUCCAGGGUGGAACCUUGGUGAAUUACUAGAGUUGCUGGUUGUUUCGUAACUUCGUUUUAUUCAAUUUUUUUCGUUAAAUUAUUUGUAUUUA